GGAACUCGGAUGUGACGUAAUCCCGAAGGGGCAACAACCCAGGGUGACGGAAAGUGGAACUGUUUUGUUGUGGCCAUGGCGGGGAUUAAAGCUUUGAUCAGCCUGUCAUUUGGCGGAGCCAUUGGACUGAUGUUUCUGAUGCUUGGAUGUGCCCUUCCGGAGUACAACAAAUACUGGCCACUAUUUGUUCUUUUCUUUUACAUUCUCUCUCCAAUUCCAUACUGCAUAGCAACAAGAGUAGUUGAUGACACUGAUGCAGCAAGCAGUGCAUGCAAAGAACUUGCCAUAUUUCUCACUACAGGCAUAGUCGUCUCAGCUUUUGGGCUGCCUAUAAUUUUUGCAAGAGCAAUGCUGAUUCAAUGGGGAGCAUGUUCUCUGGUGCUAACAGGCAAUAUCAUCAUCUUUGCAACCAUUCUGGGAUUUUUUGUGGUUUUUGGCACUAAUGAUGACUUCAGUUGGCAGCAAUGGUGAGAGUUGCAUACGCCAGCAGACACUGGAGGGAAACUGUAUAGAACUGUAGAAUCAAUAAUGAACUAUGCAAUAAUGUCAACCACCAUCUGACAACAGACAAUACAGUCACCUUUGUUGGUCUGCAGAAAUGUACACUUGCAGGAGACUGAACAUCAUCAGUCUAAACAUCAUUUGCUGUGAAUUUUUUUUUGUUAACAGUCCAUAUUACCUUUUAACACUGAUACCUAAAGAGGACAUGAACAAAACUAGAUGCAAAUUUGUAGAAAACCCUACUAAAGAAUUGACAUCUUUGCUUUCAAUAUUUUUUCUCUUAUCUUUAAUUUAUUUUAUAAUUUAACUGGGAUUUAAUCUCUUCAGAUCAGAGUAUUUAUUUCCUUUUGUGCUACUGUUUACACAAAAAUUACUUGUGAGUGCAGUAAGAUUUUAGUGCUGUGUUGUAAAGUUGGGUACAAUAUUGCAUGUUUUUAAGCUGUGCUGUUAAUAAAACAUCAGUAUAAAGUCAAGAACGUGAAAUAUGCUUGUAAUGACUUUAGAAAUAACAAUUUAUUUUGUCUUGUUAUUGAUCUCAGCAUAUCUACAAAAGAAAUCAGAAAUUUUAAUAAAGCAACAA